AUGCAACGCUUUUGCAGCCUGUUCACAAGGACAGUUGCCGCACCCAAAAGGCUGCAUAGAUGGUCUCGCAACGAUGCAAGACCAUUACACGUCUCUGCGGCUUCAAAACAGGCGGUAACAGACCGUCAAACAUUGCCCAAGGUUGCCGGCGAUGGGGAGGGGUUUUCGUUCGACUUGGACUACGAAAGCGAAGUCGUGGAUCAUUUGGUAGACGCGGAGAUGCUGGAUGCAGCCGUCAAGGCUCACUCCUGGCCAGACGUGCGCAAUAUUGCGAGCAAGAGCCUUCAGGCUUCGAACAUUGACCCUAGACUAGCAGCAUCGCUACUCGAAGUCGAUUUCAAGGAAAACAUUCUCGAUAUCCGGCAGGCGAUUGAAAUCUACAGGGGUCUUGCAAAGAACGCCAACCUGGAACAGCUACCCAUCACUGCCCUCUUCUACAUCGCCCACCUUAUCAUAACCUCGAAGGAAUCCAACGUCGAGGUAACCGAGAAAGUCCUCGCCGAACUGCUGCGUCGAUGGUCAUUGGUGGAUGGUGUCGGUCCAGAAGGGCACUUCCCAGGAACAUGGACCACUCUUCGCUUGGUGCAGCAUCUAUACACAAAAGAUGCCUCUAUUGCCGCCUCUUAUUUCCGACAAAUGGUCAGCUUACGCCCUCUGUGGCCCUCACGCGCGAUGAGACUACCAACUACCAUCAACGACCUCGGCACAGUCAUAUCCAUAUUCACAAUCCGAUGCUGCAUUGGAUGGCGUUGGUGGAGGCGUGCCUAUAACGUCGCCCGAGACCUUCUCGAAGUGGCUGACCAGAUGGACAACGCCACCGCGGCUGUUGUGCGCAGGGUUCUCCAUGAACUCGUCGACUCGCAGAUCUCGGGGGCAACUUCAAAGUUUGAGCUGCAGCUUUCAGGGGCUUUGCUGUGCUCACUAGCCCAGCAUUCGACUCUACAGCCUGUGCGUGCCAGUCUGCUACGUCGCUUCUACGAGGCCUGUACACCAACAGAGACCACGCACCCAGAGGUCAUGAGCCGUGUCUACCUCUUUCUUGAAUCGCUCAAUCGAAAGGGCAAAUCUAUUGUGUACCAACCGCCCAGAGGCGCUUCGUUGCUCACACUCCUGUCUUAUUACCAACAAACAGGCGACCAAAAGGCGGCGAGGCUACUCCUAUCCGUCACACACAAACACUUUACAAUGAUGGGACCGACCCGACUCACCAGAUACGUCUCCCUCCUCGCCCAAUUCCCAUUCGCAACGGAAGCGCGUGAGGUAUACACCUUUUGCGAGUACUCCCCCCGGCCAGAGAUCCGCCUUAUAAUGCGCAACCCAUCUGUAGCGAAGAAGCUGGUUAGUCUCUUCGCCUCGAUGGCUGAAGCUGCGCAACAGCGCUCUCUCAAGUCUGAAGAUGAUGCAGAGAGACAUAUGGCUGCAGCAAAAGACUUCAUGACCUUCGCCCAGCACGUAGUGAACAAGUUCCGGCACCGCAGUACCCUGCUGGAACGAUGGGAUCAUUUUGCACUCACUACCCUCGCGCGUAUCAACUUUGAAAUCGGAUUCUUUGGCAUCGGACUGCGGGCAAUGGAAAUUGUCUCCAAACGAAAGGACAUUCUCCCCGACGAGUUUGAUAUCACCAUUCUCAUUCACACACUAGCGACGGGCGAUCCUCGCAGCGCAUUUGAGCUCGUCAAAUAUAUGAUCGAGAAGGAAUUUGAGCCAAAUGAGGUGGCCUACGGGACUGUCGUCUCACAAGCUAUGAAGCAUGGCGAUUUUGCACUCGUACAGGAAGUCAGAGCGCUCGCUUCCGAGCGAGGACAUACGCUCAGGGACCCAAGGGUUCUCGGUGCGGUCUACUGA